AUGCCACUGUAUCCAACUCUCGAGGAUUUAUUGAUUGAUCAAUAUCAACAUCAGCAAAAUGGUAGUUAUUCCGAUCACAAUGAUCCGCCAUUCCGUUCGUGCGUAGAACCAUCUGCUCCUCUUUAUGAAUCGAAUUCUUCCAUCUCAGGACGAAUUUAUGAAGCAAUCGAUGAGAACAUCAUGUCGACAGCUCCACCAGAAAUGUUACAAUAUCCAUCACUUCCAUCAUAUUUUGAAAGUAUUGCCAAACCGCAGCACGCACCUGUGCUUAAAUCAUCUUCACCAUUACCGGAAAUGACAGCUGUACAUCUUCCCUAUCCUCAUCUUCCAGAAUCAGUAGCAAUUCAACCGUAUAUGUCAAAUAAGUUGACCUCAUUGGAGAAUGAAUGCAUUAUCGCGCCAAUUACGUCGCAAUGUUCCGGUCUCGCUAAAGCUAAUCUUACACAUGGUGUUCGUAAAGUGAUCCUUAAUCGUAUCAAAGGUAACAAGUAUGGAUUGAAGAUGCGAGCUAUCAAUCAGGGUAUUUUUGUUCAAUUGGUGGUAGAAGGUUCUCCAGCUGCAGUUGCCGGUAUACGAUUUGGUGAUCAACUGCUUAAUUUAAAUGGAACCGAAGUGCUUGGAAUGACUGGACAAAAAGUAAUGAAUAUCAUGAAGAAAUCAAAACACGAAAUAAUUCUUAUUCUCAGAGACAGGCCUUUGGCCAGGACGAUAACGUUGCAUAAAGAUGCAGCUGGCUUGUUAGGAUUUUCAUUUAAAGAUAAUCUUAUCACAGCAGUGAUGCAGAAAACAAGCGCUAGUCGCAAUGGAUUGCUUAUCAAUCAGCGAAUUAUUGAAGUUGAUGGACGAAAUGUUAUGGCUUUUAAGAAUAAAGCAAUGAAAUCGUGCUUGGAUGAUGCUCCAAUGACUGUUACAUUAACGCUUAUGCCUGCAGAAUUUUAUGAUGAAAUUACAAAAAAGUCAGUUAAAAUGCAUUAA